ACUAGCUGUACUACUUCGUCAGUAAGAGCUACACAAUUCCUUUAAGUCAUACAGUUAAUCGUUACUACAAAAAAGCUUAAGGCAUAUGUAACCGCAAAUCCUCGCCUUUAAAAAAAAAAAAAUGGGGGACAAAAAGCAACAAACUCCUCCCAAACGUAUUUUUAUCAACGACGUCGACAGAUAUUCCUCCAAACACAUCGCAAAGUUCUUAUCGACAUCGCGCGUGGCCGAGGAGGAGGAAGAAGAAGAAGAAGAAGCCUCCCCUCAAAGGGAACCUGCUUUUCAAAUAGUGGGUACUGUGUCUCCUUCCACCAAAGAUGGUAAAGACAACGUUCUGCUUGAACAGUAUACGUCACCAACUCGAGACGAGCUUCUUGAGCGCCUGCUGGAGUGUGACGUAGUGGUGUACAACAUCUCAGAAAGUGCUACGCAACAGCAGAUUGAAGAAGCCACAUGGGCAAUCACCGCCCUUAAUGCUGAGAUGGAGAACUUCAAGUCUCGAAAAAUGUUCAUCUUAGUCUCAAGUGUGAUGACCUGGGCCAUGACCAAGCCACCGAAUCUGGAAGAAACAGAUGUUCUGCUAUCAGAGGAAAAGUUCAGAAGAAGAAGGCCACAUCCCAAUUUCAGAAAACACAAUCAUGUGGAGAAUCUUGUGUUGAAACUGCGUAGAGGUAAAAAGUUCAAGCUCACUGGAUAUGUUGUAGCUUGUGGUCUUCAGUACGGAAAAGGAGAGAACCUCUUUCACUACUUCUUCAAGGUGUCCUGGUUGAUGCAGUUUCCAAAAGUUCCUCUCUUUGGACAGGGCACGAAUCACAUCCCCAUGAUUCACGUGAAUGAUCUUGGAGGAGUGAUCCAAAACAUCGUUGAACUCGAGCCAAAGUCAAAGUACAUUCUUGCUGUUGAUGACUCCAAGAACACUUUAGAGGAUAUUGUAAAGAUGAUAAGCGUCACACUUGGGUCCGGAAAAAUGAACAAAGUACCUGAGCAGGAUGCCAUCGCCAUGAAGGCUUUUAAGCCAGAUGAAUUGGAUUACCUUAAUAUCGACCUCCGCCUGAAUGCUUUUAUUAUAAAAGACUCCUUCAGUCUCCGCUGGACGUCUGAAGCUGGGAUGGUUGAAAACAUGAGGAGCAUUGUUGAGGAGUACAAAGACACCAGGCAGCUUCUUCCAAUCAGAAUCUUCCUGGUUGGGCCUCCAGCUGUGGGUAAAACCACCAUUGCAGAGAAGCUCUGCAGUCAUUACCAAAUACACCACAUCAAGAUCAAAGAGGUCAUUGAGGAAAAGAUCACACAGCUGAAGGAGAUAGUGAAUGAAGCAGACCCUGACAUUGACAGUGAAGAGGUAGUGACUGCUGCACAGAAACAACUGGAACAGUUUAACAAUAGCAUGGAAAUGAAUGCAGGUCGACUGGCUGACCAUCUGGUUUUUGACAUUUUGAGAGAAAAGCUGAAUUCAAAGCCAUGCAGGAACCAAGGAUUUGUUCUCGAUGGCUUCCCGAAGUCUUAUGAGCAGGCAAAGCUGAUUUUCUCUGAUGAGGAAACAGAGAACCAGGAUGUGAUGCCCAAAAAACCCGUGUACAACGAGCAGAUCACUCCAGAGCACAUUUUUGUCCUCAACGCGACAGAUGAUUUUCUGACAAACAGAGCUCAGAGACUUCCACAGAGCGUUGCAGAGAAAAUGCGUUACACCCAGGAGGAAUUUGUCCCUCGCCUGACGAGAUACAGACAACUCAGUACGGCGGAGCAAACCCUGCUGGACUACUUUGAUGAGCUUGAGAUUCUCCUGGAACAUAUUGAGGUCACCACAGGUGAUUCGGAGUACACAGAUGUUAUGAAGAAGAUCACAGAGACAGUGGGGAUUCCCAAAAACUGCGGCCUGAGUCCAGAGGAGCAGGAGGAGGAGGACAGGAAGAAAGAUGAAGAGAGGAAGCAGAAACUGGCUGCAGACGCUGCUGAGAAGAAACGUAGGAAUGAAGCUGCACUGGCUGAGAUGGCUGCUCAGUAUGAGGAGUGGCAGAGGGAUUUGUCCGAGGUGGAGCGACAGGAGUACGAGCUGCUGGAAGCUCACUCUCUUCCUCUGAGGAACUAUCUGAUGAAGCACGUGAUGCCCUCGCUCACUGAAGCCAUGUUGGACUGCUCCAAGAUCAAACCAGAGGACCCCGUCGACUUUUUGGCUGAACAUCUGCUGAGGAACAACCAACAACAAUAACAAUGAAUCUAAUGAGGAAAUGAGCCCAUACAUGUUAUUUAUUUGAGGCUUUGUUCUUCCUACAGUAAUAUAAUCAAAGAUGAUUGUAACAUGAAAAGAUUGAAGGAAUUUCAUUAGAAGGUUGUCCCUGUAGAUGUGACUUUAACGUCACAGAUUCUAUUCAUAAGACUUGUGCCUUUGUUGUCAUUUAUUAGUUUACCUGAAGCAAAGAGGGCAAACACUGAGCAGGCAUAGAUAAUACUUUAUUUAAGGUAUAUUAUUUAACUCCCUGGUCAAUAAUACUCUCAGUGAGUAGGUCGCUCUUUAUAAAAGAUGUACAAACUAAUGACUUUUGUAAUGGAUACUAAACUAAUUAUUAGUCCUUGUUAGAUAAUUCAUAAGCCAUUAAUAAGAGCAGCUGUUGUGUCAGUAAUUAGUUAUUAUAAAUUCUGUAUACAUAUUAAUAAAGGGUUGUGUUUCCCAUCCAGUCUGCAGAUGUAAACGUA